GCUCCUGCACGUCCGCAUUUUCAUCAUAUUUUUUUUGUAGUUUGAAAAAUACUCGAAAUAACGAGAAAUAGAAAUCGAUGACUCCUGUCAGAAUGACAUGAAGGAAAUGCGUGGGGGUCUCUUGAGGAGUGGGUGAGGCCCCGAAAUUUUUGGGGACACGUUGAUGCCCUUGGACAUCUGAGGUUAAAGGCUGCAUUGGCAGCAGGAUCUGGUGAGGUACUGCAAAUUGUACCAGAGAUUUGGUGAAUGAUUAUCUUGAACUUGUCAUUCGUUAUGUAACAAUCAAACGAUCAAAUGCCAUUCGUUGACACAAGUCUAUGAUAAGACGUGUCAGUCUGCUCCGAAUUAUCACCGAGAGAGCUUAAUCAGCGUGCAAUAACGCGGUAAUAUAAUACAUCCGGAAAAUAUGGCGAGUAAAUGGAAUGUACUGGUGACGGGGGGUGCUGGUUACAUUGGUUCUCACACAGUACUGGAACUUCUUAACGAGAAUUUUGAGGUGGUGGUUAUUGAUAAUCUCGGUAAUGCCUACAAAGGGGACAAAGCUGAGAAGCCGGAAUGCAUUUUGCGGGUUGAAAAAUUAUCGAAAAAGAAGAUAAUAUUUGAAGAGUGUGAUAUUACGGAUAAGAAGGCCGUUGAGGGAGUUUUUAAAAGACAUAAAUUCCAAUGCGUCAUUCACUUUGCGGCGUUGAAAGCCGUUGGGGAGUCGUGCGAAAAACCGCUGGAAUAUUACAAAACCAAUGUCGGAGGGACGAUAAAUUUGCUGGAAGUGAUGAGGGAGAAUAAUGUAAAGAAUUUCAUCUACUCGAGCAGUGCAACUGUUUACGGAAUACCGAAGCAGCUGCCCUUGACUGAAGACAUGGAGACAGGGCAGUGCACUAAUCCCUAUGGGAAGACCAAGUUCAUGGUUGAGGAGAUUCUCAAGGACUUAUGUCAAUCGGAUAAAAGCUGGUCCGUGAUAUCGCUGAGGUAUUUCAAUCCCGUUGGAGCUCAUCCGUCUGGUGAAAUUGGCGAGGACCCCAAUGGAAUCCCAAACAAUCUCAUGCCGUUCAUUGCUCAAGUGGCAGUUGGCAAACGAGAGAUGCUGUGUGUUUAUGGCAAUGAUUACAGUACGCCGGAUGGGACUGGCGUCAGAGAUUAUAUUCACAUUAUGGAUCUUGCAAAUGGACACGUCAAGGCUAUUAUUCAUCAAAGUACAAGUGAUUCCAAGGGUUUUAAAGCUGUCAAUUUAGGAACUGGAAAGGGAUUUUCCGUUUUGGAGAUGAUUGCCGCGUUUGAAAAGGCCUCUGGCAAGAAAAUACCCUUCAAAUUUGCGGAACGCAGAGCUGGAGAUAUUGCGUCGAGUUAUGCUGAUGCAUCGAUAGCCAAUAAAGAGUUCAAAUGGUUUGCCACGAAAAAUAUUGAUGACAUGUGUGCAGAUACUUGGAAUUGGCAGCAGCGAAAUCCCCAGGGCUUCAAGUCGGCGUGAAUUGUUGCCUCGAUCGAGGAAAAGAAUGUAUUCAAAAAAAUACCCAUUUCUAGCAAAAUUGUCGAUAAAGGCAGGGCCUCUUAUCAACAUAAAUAAAUUCAAAGAAUCGAUGUGUAUUUGCAAACUCAAUGUGUAUUGACGAAUGCGGGAGAAAGACAUUUGAAUAUUUGAAUAUUUGUACAGCCGGAGGAAAUAUACGUUUCCAUAAAUUUCUUCCUCAAUAAA